AGGGAUUUGAAGAGGACCGAAUUGAGGCUCUCCUUCAUAAAAUUGAAAUACAAAUGAAGCAUCAGUCUGUCAGCUUUGGACUCACCCUGACGUCCUACAUCGCCUCCUGCUGGAAUCAUGAUGGGGACCCUGUGGAGCUCCUGAAGCUGGGGAGUCAGGUGGCUCGAUUCAGACAGUGCCUCAAGGAAAAUCCACAGUUUUUGCAAGAAAAAGUAAAACAGUAUUUUAAAAAUAAUCCGCACAAGCUGACUUUGUCAAUGACACCCGAUGACAAGUAUCCCGAGAAGCAAGCAUGGAUGGAGACAGAAAAACUAAAGCAAAAAGUCGACACUCUUUCCCUGAAAGACAAGCAGCAGAUCUAUGAAAAAGGCUUAGAGUUACAGACUCAGCAGAGCCGACCUCAGGACGCCUCCUGUCUGCCGGCCCUGAAGGUGUCGGACAUCGAGCCCAGCGUGCCGCUCACGGAGUUGGAGGUGGCCCUGGCAGCCGGCAAGACCCCCGUGCAGUACUGUGCUCAGCCCACCAACGGCGUGGUGUACUUCAGAGCGUUCGCCAGCCUCCACACCCUCCCCGAGGAGCUCAGGCCCUACGUCCCACUCUUCUGCAGCGUCCUCACCAAGCUGGGCUGUGGCCUUCUGGACUACAGGAGGCAGGCACAGCAGAUAGAGCUGAAGACGGGCGGGAUGGCCGCCUCACCCCACGUGCUGCCUGACGCCGCGCAUCUGGACACUUACGAGCAGGGUGUGCUUUUUUCAUCUUUCUGCCUCGAUAGGAACCUACCAGAUAUGAUGCAUCUGUGGAGUGAAAUAUUCAACAGCCCGUGCUUUGAAGAAGAAGAACACUUCAGAGUGUUGGUUAAGAUGUCCGCUCAAGAGCUGUCCAACGGGAUCCCAGACUCUGGGCAUCUCUACGCGUCUGUCAGGGCGACCAGGACCCUGACGCCCACGGGAGACCUGCAGGAGACCUUCAGUGGGAUGGAUCAGGUGAGGCUGAUGAAGAGGAUCGCAGAAAUGACAGACAUCAGACCGGUGCUGAGAAAGCUCCCGCACAUCCAGGAACACGUACUACACUGUGACAACAUGAGGUGCUCCAUGAAUGCUACGCCUCAGCAGAUGUCUCUGGCAGAAAAAGCAGUAGAAAAGUUCGUUAGAAACGUCGGUCAGAGUAAAACGGAACGGAAGCCGGUGCGCCUGAACGUGGUUGAGAAACCUGCACCCAGUGGAUCCAAUGGAAGCACCCAUGUUAGCGGCCCCCAAGUCAUAAGGAAGCUGAUAACGGACCCCACCUUCAAACCGUGCCAGAUGAAGACACACUUCCUGCUUCCAUUCCCAGUGAACUACAUGGGCGAAUGCAUCAGGACUGCCCCCUACGCAGACCCAGACCACGCCAGUCUUAAGAUCCUUGCACGCUUGAUGACUGCCAAAUUCUUGCAUACAGAAAUUCGAGAAAAGGGUGGUGCUUACGGUGGAGGCGCCAGACUCAGCCGUGACGGGGUGUUUACACUUUACUCAUACCGCGCGUCACCACACCCAGCAGCAUCCUCUCGGUUGUCCGUGUCUAGGAGCAGGAGUACAUAAUGGGAGGCUUUGGCUUAAAUACGCCCGCUACCAGACACCCAGAUUCAGUUACAGAGGAGACCGGCCGAGAGCUUUCUGGGCUCGUGUCCAGCACAGAGGCUCAGUGGGGUGCCGGGCACUUCGUGGUCACGGCCCUGACUCUUCUUGCCCCUUUUCUUUAGAAAGUUUCCGAGGACACGGAGUAUUUAGAAUACUCUGCGGGCAGGAUGAGUUUGCUGCGCCUCUGAUGCAGUCUGUCUCUGCUCCCGCCUCACCACGUCCCUGGGCGCUUGGAGGACGUGUGUGUGCUUGUAGAGAAGGACGGGAGCGCGGCUGUGACCCCGCCCUCGGUGUCCGCUGCGGGGCGCAUGCUGCUGAGCACAGAGCAGGAAGCGAGGGCGUCGAGCUCUCCGGCCCCUUUAUGGGGGGUUAUUCGUCUAGUCCGCGUGUGUCUUCAGGAUGUGAGGGGUUUUACUCAACCAUUCUUAGUGUCUCUCCGUGAGUCGUCUUCCCUGUCCACCUGAUCUCCUCUCUUCGCAAAAUCAGAGAGGUGUAUUUAAUAAUCUGGUUGUGAAGUAGGUCAGCAUGGGUCUCUCUGGUCUCCUAGGGAUCCACGUUCCACAGAGACGCUGCAGUCUUUCUCGAAGGCUGUGGACUGGGCUAAGGCUGGGAGGUUCACACAGCAGGACAUUGACGAAGCA